CACCUGAAUCAGUUUGUCCAUUAAUAGAAGACAGGAAACCAAGGAGCUGACUGAAGUUCAGGAAGUAGUGAAGCUGUGCAUAGAGCCCAUUAAGAUCCACAAGCAGUACACUUGUGAAAUAUCUAAUUGAAAUAUUGAUCAGCCUACAUGUUACCAGAUGUUCAUUUAUUUUAUUCAUUUUCUUUGACUGUGAAAUUCUAGGGUGUGGCAAUUCUUGAAAACCAUGAUUUGAUUUGACUUUUGAUUAAAAAAAAUAAAGGUCACAAUUUAAUUAAAUUUCAAUUUGACUUAGUUGACUGGACUCACCCACCUAUUUUUGCUCUGCACUAGCUAAAUAUCUCUGAAUUUUCAGAUCUGCAAGUUCAUAAAUAUUGUGUCACAAUAAAACAAAAAAGCAAAAGCUCAUCCAAGAAUAGGGAUGCUAUCAUUGUUCAUGAUCUUUAAAUUAUUUUAAUCUUGGUGGUUAUAGGUUAUAAAACUAACAAUCAAUUAGGAAAAUAAUUUGAUUUGAUUUUUACUCAUUUUGAUACCAUUCUUGCCUCAAAGAUAUGAAGUGAAUUAGGUUAAAAUAGUGUCUAUUUAUAUUAUACGUAGCGUUAAUGAUCUAAAAUGUAUUUUUUUCAUUAACAGGAUGGAGAAAAACAAAGUGCUGGCAAAAAAGAGGUUACGGGUUCCCACUCAGAAAAUGAAGGACCUGAGCUCCCCUCCCCUAAAUGAGAAAUCUGGGUGUGUUGCAUUUGUCAGAUGGGAGGAUGGUUAUACCGGCAAAAUCUUUAAAGGAUCUGACAUUUUGGCAAGAGAUGAGGCUCCUGUGCAGCUGCAAGAUCUUAGAUCAGGAGACCCUGUUUUAGCAAAGUGGUCAGAUGGUAAAUUUUAUAAGGCCACUAUUGAAUAUGUUUCAGGGGAAGAUCAGGCAAAGCUGCCAAAAGGCCACCCAACUCCACAGGAGUCCUUUUUAAAUAUGUUAAAAGGCGAUGAGCCAUCAGACAUAACGUCAGGGUCUGACACCAUUAUAAUAGAUAGGAGCCCACUGUCUGAGCAUGGCGAGAAAAUCCCAUCGCUGAAUCCAUCACCUGACGGGGGACAUGCAACAGGCCGCAACACAGCUGGACCACCACCCUAUGGCUCUGCCAAAGGGGGGACCAUUGGUCCAUCACUCUACAGAGGCAAUACACCCAGCCCAUCACCGUACAGCCUCAACACCUCUGGUCCAUCACCCGGUGGAGGCCAUACACCCAGCCCAUCACCGUACAGCCUCAACACAUCUGGUCCAUCACCUGGUGGAGGCCAUGCAGCCAGCCCAUCAGCGUACAGCCUUAACACCAUUGGUCCAUCACCCUACAGAGGCCACACACCCAGCCCAUCACCAUACAGCCUCAACACCUCUGGUCCAUCACCUGGUGGAGGCCACACACCCAGUCCAUCACUGUAUGACCUUAACACCUCUGGUCCAUCACCUGGCGGAGGCCAUACACCCAGUCCAUCACUGUAUGACCUUAACACCUCUGGUCCAUCACCUGGUGGAGGCCACACACCCAGUCCAUCACUGUAUGACCUUAACACCUCUGGUCCAUCACCUGGUGGAGGCCAUACACCCAGCCCAUCACCGUACAGCCUCAACACCUCUGGUCCAUCACCUGGUGGAGGCCAUACACCCAGCCCAUCACUGUACAGCCUCAACACCUCUGGUCCAUCACCUGGUGGAGGCCAUACACCCAGCCCAUCACCGUACAGCCUCAACACCUCUGGUCCAUCACCUGGUGGAGGCCAUACACCCAGCCCAUCACUGUACAGCCUCAACACCUCUGGUCCAUCACCUGGCAGAGGCCAUGCAGCCCGCCCGCAAGAAAAUGCAUGGACACCAUGUCAGGAUUGUAAGGGGGAAUUUGAAAGAAUCCUACAGGAAAAGAGAAGGAUCGAUGAAGUCAUCUCGAGAAUAGAUCCAGGCCAGGUCAGAGAGCUUCAGACUCUCUGCGACUUAAUUGGAGAGAGGCAUUGUGGCAGCCCAGCUUCACCAUCAGGCCAGCAGGAGCUGUUUCCUGGGAGCGGCAUAUUCAUCUCAUCAUUCCGCCUGGCUGCCAUGAAUCACGCAUCAAAACCAAAUUGCAUGCGUCUGUUUCAUGCACUUUUUGAUCAUUUCUUCACUGUUGAGGAGUGUCAAAAUGCAGUGCCCUUUGGUCGUCCUGGCAACAACCCCUCAGGAAAGCAAGGAAAGCAGGUCCUUGACCGUAAAAAAGUUGACGGAAUCCUAACUUAUGUCCUGAGAUGUGCAACUCUACCGGACUGGGAACCAAUUGAGGAGGCCAAGCUCAAGAAAGCCUUUGUGAACAAAUGUAGGGCCAGAGCAGGCUCCAAGGAGUAGGCCACUGAUAUAGCCUGUCCUAUGUGGACCGCUAUCUCUCUCUCUCUCUCUACCCCUUCUUUUAUUUGUCUUAUUCAUUUUCAUGGUAAUAUGUUAAAGGAAUAGUCUAUACUUUUUCCGUAUUAAACUAUGUUAUUACCUUAACUAAGAAGAGUUGAUACAUACCUCUAUCAUCUUAGUGCGUGCACAUAAGCACUGUGGCGCGCGGCAACACUUUGAUAGCAUUCAAUGGUACCAAUCAGAGAUAAAGUUAGAAGUGACCAAACACAUUAACGUUUUUCCUAUUUAA